UUUGACGGUCUCCUCUCACUUUGAACCGGUGUCAACAAACAACAACAACAAUUAUCUCGACCUAUAAGCUACGCCGCCUCAGCAGCCAGAUAUCCAAGAGCGAAUUAAACCGAGGAGACGGAUACAUCCACAUUUUUUUUUUUAACUCAUAAAGUCCACUUUUCUUCUUGUUCUUCCCGUCAAAUUUGCCUCCUCAGAGGUUUACGGCUGUCCCGGGACACUGGGGCUUGGCUGUACCCAGAACGCAGCUUACCUAACCGAAGAUACUUUUCCUUGGAGCUCCGCAACAGGCAGAAUAAAGUGACUUCAUCGGUGUAUGUGUGUGUGUGUGUGUGUGUGUGUGUGUGUGUGUGUGUGUGUGUGUGUGUGUGUAAACCUCGGUGACAAAGCUGCAGCCUCCGCGUUAUAGGAGGAGGUAGUCUGCAGUCUCUGGGGUUGGUGGUGGUGGAGGUAUGACUGCGUUGGCGGGGUCAAUACCCAGGAUGAUGCGACCCACGCUGGCUCAGAACUACCCCCGCACUGGCUUCCCUCUGGAAGGUACAGCAUCACAUCACCAACACGGAGGUCACAGCCACGGAGCUUUAUGGGAGACGUUUGGAUUGUCCACCCCGUUGGGUCAAGGCCGGGUGAACCAGCUCGGAGGAGUUUUCAUAAAUGGCAGACCUUUGCCCAACCACAUCCGACAUAAAAUCGUGGAGAUGGCCCAUCACGGCAUCAGGCCGUGCGUCAUCUCCCGGCAGCUCCGGGUCUCCCACGGCUGCGUGUCCAAGAUCCUGUGCCGGUACCAGGAGACGGGCUCCAUCAGACCCGGGGCCAUCGGGGGCAGCAAACCCAAGCAGGGGGCCACGCCGGACGUAGAGAAGAGAAUAGAAGAAUACAAGCGGGAAAACCCGGGUAUGUUUAGCUGGGAGAUUCGAGAUAAAUUACUGAAGGAUGGGAUUUGUGACCGCAACAACGUCCCUACAGUGAGCUCCAUCAGUCGCAUCAUGCGGAGUAAGUUUGGGGGCAAAGGCGACGAAGAAGACGACGAAGAUGAGAUCGAGAAGAAAGAGUUGGAGGAGUGUGACCGGAGGGCCAAACACAGCAUCGAGGGCAUCUUAGGGGACAGAUCAAGUCACUCAGACGAGGGAUCGGACGUGGAGUCAGAGCCCGACCUGCCGCUUAAGAGGAAGCAGCGUCGCAGUCGCACCACCUUCACAGCGGAGCAGCUGGAGGAGCUGGAGCGGGCCUUCGAGAGGACCCACUACCCCGAUAUCUACACUCGGGAGGAGCUCGCACAGAGGGCCAAACUCACAGAGGCCAGGGUUCAGGUUUGGUUCAGCAACAGGCGGGCGAGGUGGAGGAAGCAAGCAGGAGCCAAUCAACUGAUGGCAUUUAAUCACCUAAUCCCGGGAGGUUUCCCACCGUCAGCCAUGCCCGGCAUCCCCCCGUACCAGCUCUCUGACAGCACCUACCCCCCCUCAUCUAUAGCACAAGUGUCGGAGCCCCCCAGCACGGUGCAUCGACCCCAGCCCCUCCCUCCCUCCUCGGGCCACCAAGCCUCAGGCGGAGGAGGUCAGGGAGAAGGCGGCUCCGGAUACUGCCUCGCCUCCGGACGCCACUCCUUCUCAGGCUACUCGGACGGCUUCGUGAGCCCCGGAGGACCGGCCAAUCCCAUGAACCCGGCCAUCGGGAACGGACUCUCUCCACAGGUGAUGGGUCUGCUGAACCCCGGCGGCGUGCCACAUCAGCCCCAAAGCGACUACGCGAUAUCCCCUCUGACUGGCGGACUCGAGCCGCCCGCUGGCAUGGCGGCCAGCUGCAGCCAGCGCAUGGAUCACAUCAAGGGCCUGGAGGGGCUCACCAGUGUUCCCUCCAUGUCGGCUCUGCCCUCCCUGCCCAGCUCCCAGUCCUACUGCCCCCCCUCCUACAGCUCGCCAGGCUACACCGUCGACCACGUGGCGUCCUAUCAGUACGGCCAGUACGGACAAAGUAAGGUGCCUUUCCUUAUCUGAGGCCUGAGAUCACCUGAUCCCGAGACUCCACGGGAGGGCGACGGGGAGGGAAGACGUUUGUGUGUACAGAGAUGGAAAUCCUUUAUUAUCAGGACCAAAAGUUUUGCUACCAUUUACCAGGACAUGUUCUCCCUGCAGUGUGUGUGUGUGGGGGGGGACUAUGUAUUAUUAAUUCUAUGUGGAACAAAAAGAAGGGACCAGAAGACCAAAAACUGUGUGUCUUUGAGCAUCGCCGCAUCGGUGCAGAAGAUGAGGAGAGACGUCAGCUCUUAACGUGUGGCACAGUGGAGAUCUGACCCCGCUACAGCGCCACCAAGAGGCAUUUCUACCGGCUGUUCCAGUGACCAAACACCAUCUGUGCACUCAAAUCUAUUGUCAGAGACUUCUAACCUUGUUGAAGGAGCCUGUUGACAUGAUGUAAGGGCUACAUGAGCAAACCUCCAAAUGAAUCCCCAGAUUGUGUCUGCAGAAAGGGGAGAAAGAAAAGGGGCUUGAUGAUUUGAGUUUGAUUUGUUUGAGCAGAACACCUGAGCAGAAAAUGUCUGCAUGUUUUAUUGUGUCCAAACCUGUAAUGUACACCCCCGGCUGUACUGCAGAGAAAGUUCAUUCAAACACUCCUCUCCCUCCCCCCGCUGUCUCUCUCUCCUCUCGCCUUUCUGUCUCACUCCUCGUCUCAUUGAUGUUCAGGACGGUGAAGCAGGGAUCCCGCCCUUUUGUAGUUUUUAAAGAGGAGGUCAGGGGGCGACUUUAGGGGAAAGUGACAGAUGAGAGAGCAGAAGAGAAGGGGCGGCAGAGAAGUGGCUUUACAGGGGAGGGGGGAAGAGGGGGAUGGGUUGGGAUAGGCAAGAUCGAUCACAGGGUUAAAGAACCCUUUAAAGAUCCUCUCCCGGAGAGAAAAAGCCACCGGGUCACAAGUCAUGGCAGCGAGACACUUGAGAAACAGAGAGACUCCGAGACUUAAGAAGACAGACUUUCUCCCAGCUGACCAGAAGUGCAAUAUCACAUAUCUCAGAGUCUCCGCUAAAACAAUAAAAAAAAAAAAAAAAAAUCAGACGUGCCUCUUAAAGUCUUACGAAACACUCUGGAUCCUUCCUCUGGAUCUUGUUUGAAGCUUUGCAAAGGAGCAACACAUGUGCCUUUGAAGGGUCCAAAACAAGUGCCAAACGUUCCCAUCCAUGUUGCUGUAACGGGACACUGAGGGGAGCGCACUCGUGAGGACUCCAGUCCCGAGGAAAAGAGUUAAUCAAGGGAACGCCAAUGUAAACAGGAAGCAGGAAUAACGAAGCCAAAACUGUAUUUUUAUUUUUUUAUGUUGCUUGGGACCAUUUUAGGAAGUUUAGAUUUGACACAUUCCCGACAUAUUUAUUGUCACGAUGUUCUGAACUAUGUUACAUAUCUCCUCCAUGUACAGGUGACAAUACUUUAACCGCCCCGUACGGCCAUCCGUCUGUCAGACUGCUCAAAGUGCCGUCGCUCAGCUCAGCCGCCAUCACGUCUUUCUACAAUGUGAAUUCACAUUCGCAUUUCGGCAUUGCAGAAGCGGAAGCUCCACAUACACACACAGUCAGACAUGCACGCACACACGGCGCUGUGCUCCCCCGCCGUCUCUGCUGAAACGGCCCCGCCUCUGGAUCUACCUUCAAGGACAGUACAGAGGGGGGAUCACGUCGCCCCCCCCCCCCUCCCCCAUAAUGCCCCCCUUUUUUUCUCAGAAGUGCUGUCACUCAGCUCGGCCGCCAUAAUGUCUUUGAACAUUUUAUAUCGAUUCUGUGACGGUGUUAUAUUGGUGUUACAGUCGGCGUUGAAGAAGGACGGCACAGCGGGAGCUCCACAUACACACACAGUCAGACAUGCACACACACACACACACACACACACACACACACACACACACACACACACA